GAGAUAUUACUUUCCUGGACACGGUGAAGAUAAUCCUCUCGGAGGAUUACUUCAAACCAAAGAGCCAAACAUGUUCAUUAGCCAUCGUUCCUAACUUCGUUAAUCGAAUCACUGCUCGCCGUUUCUCGCCUCAUGUGCAGUUCAUGUUAGAUCCAAAUUGUCAUCGUCGUUGCUGCUUAAGUUGAGAAUUGAGAAUCGAAUAACAAAACCCACUUGGACUUUUGUAAAUGGAAGGAGAGACAACAACAGAAUCAGAACAUCUGACGAUGAUGGGCUUUGCAGAUCCUAUGAAAAUUGAUCCCAGAAGAGAUCGUUUCCCAUGCUGCAUUGUCUGGACUCCUCUCCCCUUCAUUUCAUGGCUGAUCCCCUUCAUUGGCCACGUGGGUAUUUGCAGAGAAGACGGUGUCAUCCUCGACUUUGCUGGACCUAACUUCGUCUGUGUCGACAACUUUGCAUUUGGAGCUGUGUCUCGAUACAUCCAAAUCAACAAGGAAAAGGAAUCAUCUCUUUCUCCUCGUAUGUUCAAUGGUGAGAACAGGUACGAGCAAGAAGACACUCAUGAGAAAGAGCCAACAUGGGAUGAUGCGCUUAGAAAAGGCACACAAGAGUACCAACACCACUCGUAUAACUUAUUCACAUGCAACUGUCAUUCAUUUGUAGCCAACAAUCUGAACCGUCUAGCAGUAAGGUCAGGUGGGUGGAACGUGGUGAAUCUCGCAGCACUUGUGUUCCUCAAGGGACGUUGGGUGAGCAAAACAGCGAUGGUCAAGUCCUUGUUGCCUCCAACCAUAGUCUACGCUCUAGGGAUACUACUGGGUGGUUGGACUUUCAUAGCUUCCUGCUCCAUCCUAGCGGUUUUGCUUACCGGUUGGUUCUUCAUUGGGACGUAUUGUUUCAAGAGAUUGAUCCAGCUGUAGAUUAAGGAUCUGGUUAUGAGAGAAUUAUGAUGUUGAAGAAAUGGGGUUUUUCAAUGUGAAGCCUGUGAACUUUUUGUCGGAAUGGGACGGACCAAGACUCUUGUAAUAUAUCGAUCAUCUCGCUUGUUUUUGUCUCUGAUUUUUUUUUUAUUCUUGUUGUGUGUUUCUGUAAAGUUGGUUUCAAGGACUCGCAAAUUGCAUCAGAAUGAUCUGAUCUUAUUC